AUGUCCCAGCCUAAUGGAACUCUUGAUGGAUUCUCCUCAUUCAUCUUGGUGGGUCUGCCUGGUAUGGAAGCCGCCCAGUUCUGGCUGGCCUUCCCCUUGUGUGCCAUGUAUGUGGUGGCCGUCGUGGGCAACUGUGCCAUGAUGUUUGUUGUUAAAACAGAGCCAGCCCUCCAUGUCCCCAUGUACUUCUUCCUCUCCAUGCUGGCAGCGGCGGACUUGGCGCUCUCUACCUGUACCGUGCCCAAGAUCCUCUCCUUCUUUUGGUUUGGUGCCAGGGAGAUUGGCUACGAAGCCUGCCUUGUCCAGAUGUUCCUCAUCCACUCCCUGUCAGGAGUCGAGUCCACCAUCCUCCUGGCCAUGGCUGUGGACCGGUACGUGGCCAUUUGCCACCCUCUCCAGCACUCCGCCAUCCUCACCAACUCAAGGACGGCAAAGAUUGGACUAGUGGCGGUAGUGAGAGGAGCCCUCUUCUUCCUUCCUUUCCCUUUGCUCAUCAACCGCCUGCCGUUUUGUGGCUCCAACACCCUCACGCAUUCCUACUGUGUCCACCAAGAUGUCAUGCACCUGGGUUGUGGCGACGGGCUGACGGCCAUCCUCGCGGUGAUGGGCCUGGAUUCCCUGCUCAUCUUCAUGACCUACGUGUUGAUCCUGAAGACAGUCCUGCAGUUGGCCUCGAGGCAAGAGCGCCUCAGAGCAUCGGGGACCUGCGUGGCCCAUCUGUGUGUGGUCCUGGCCUUCUACGUGCCCCUGAUUGGGCUCUCUGUGGUGCACCGCUUCAGGAGGGACUUGCCUCCGCUGGUACACGUCACGAUGGGCAACUUCUACCUGCUGGUGCCUCCUUUAUUCAACCCCGUUGUCUACGCAGCCAGGACCAAAGAGAUACAGAGAAGGGCCCUGAAAGCGAUGAAGAUAGCCAGAAACAGAGACUUUCCUUGA